UGUUGCUGUUCUUAUGGCAUGAGUCAUGACACCAACCCUUUUUGACAAAACAAAACAGAUAUCAUAAGUUUCUUGUUUUUUUACGCAUACAUGGCAUCAACUCCUUCUGAACUAACCCUUGACUGCAAACCCCACAGUCUCGAUCAGCAGAUUGAUCGUAAACUGAAUCUUGAAGAUUUCCUUUCUUGUCUCGAGGAAGAACGACUUAAGAUCGAUGCUUUUAAGCGCGAGCUUCCCCUUUGUAUGCAACUUCUCACCAAUGCUUUGGAGGCUUCAAGGCAGCAACUACAGGCAUACAGCAGGAAUCAAGGAUCAAGACCAGUUCUUGAAAAAUUCAUGCCGCUCAAGAACUUAACCUCGGACAAGUCCCAAAACACGUCUGAUCAUAAAGCAAACUGGAUGACAACCGCACAACUAUGGAGCCAAGAAGGAAACCAGACGAAACCAGAAUCAUCGGUUACUGAUAUUGGUUUGAAUGUUGGUCCCAAUUUGGGAUUAGAUACCAAGCAGAGAAUUGGAGGAGCUUUCCUUCCAUUCUCCUCCAAAAACCGGAAAUGUUCAGAGUCUCUCCCUGAUUUAGCACUUGCUUCUCUCAAUAAAAAUAUGGAAGAUAGGAAAUGCAAUUCGGAGAUUGAAAAUGGGGUAGCCUGUCAACGGAGAGACAAAGUUGGAGCUGUGAUUGAGCAUCACAAUGGAACCGGUAACAACACAGCUGAUGGGCAAACAACAAAUACUAACAAUAAUCAACCUCAUAGAAAGGCUAGACGCUGCUGGUCGCCUGACUUGCAUAGGAGAUUUGUCAAUGCUCUUCAGAUGCUUGGUGGCUCUCAAGUUGCCACACCAAAACAGAUCAGGGAGUUAAUGAAGGUUGAUGGUUUGACCAAUGAUGAAGUGAAAAGCCAUCUGCAGAAAUAUAGGCUGCACACAAGGAGACCUAGCCCAAGUCCACAAGCAGUAGGAGCCCCAGCACCCCAACUUGUAGUCUUAGGUGGCAUCUGGGUCCCCCAAGAGUUUUCCACAGCCGCUCAUAGAGGUGGCACCUCCCUGUAUGGAGCUCACCACCCAGCUCAUUUCUGUGCAUCACCUAUGCCCCAAGAGUUUUACUCUGCUGGUGCAGCUGUAGGUGCAAGUGCAACCCCAGCUCUACCUCCAACCCAGCUGCACCACCAGCACUACCACACCCUCCACCACCAAUUCCACAACAUGUACAAUGCCGCAUCAAGGGCACGUAGCUCACUGGAGCCUGACAUCAGGGAAGCUGGGGACCGGUCCGACAGCAUUGAAGACGGAAAGUCGGAGAGCAGCAGCUGGAAAGGUGAGAGCGGUGGAGAUCAGAGAAGAAGGUGAAGAAUGCAAUACAAGUGAGAUGUCCUUAAAUUCUAAAGACGGCUUUAGGGUUAGGGUUUAGAUAUUCCAUGUAGCAGUGGAUCAUGUGCUAUAUAUUGUUUUGAAAAUAAAAUCCAGGCUAAAUAUGAAGAUGGAGGAUAAAAAGGAAAUAAAAUAAA